AACUACUUUGUAAAAAAAAACAAACGAAAAAUAAAUAAAAUGCGACUGCGCGCUAAAGUUCUUUAUAAACUAUUAACCCUUUUGGGAGCCGGCUUAAUUAUUUUAAUAAUAUUCUUUAAUACGGUAGCUAAACAACCCGAAACUGAUGAAUUUAUAACAAUUAUAAAACAAAAUUCAGAGGAAAUUACGGCCAGCUCUUUAAAGCCAGGCAGAGAUUUGUUAAAUUUAACAAAUUUUGAGUAUUUGAUAGAAAAUAACUUGUGCCAGCAGUAUACAAAAGAAUUAUUGGCUAUUUUAAUAGUUACCUCUUAUGUGGGCCAUGAUGAAUUGCGGGCGGCUCAUAGGCAAGCCAUUUCUCAAGCUAAACUUUCCGAAUUGGGUAUACAGCGCAUAUUUCUAUUGGCCGCCAUACCGCAACGGGAGCACUUUAUAACCCAGGCUCAAGUGGAAAAUGAGCAGCAAAGAUUUGGCGAUUUAUUGCAGGGCAACUUUAUGGAGGCCUAUAGAAAUCUCAGCUACAAACAUACCAUGGGUCUGAAAUGGUCAGCCACGGAAUGCAGCAAAGCCAGAUUUAUUAUAAAAAUAGACGAUGACAUUGUCUACGAUAUAUUCUAUGUGAAACGUUAUUUGGAUGCCUUAGAAUUGGAAAAUUUAAAAUUAACUACCUCUUCCCAGCUAUUAGCUGGCUAUAUAUUGGACUCUAAACCAGUCAUACGCAAUCAGGCCAAUAAAUGGUAUGUUUCGGAGCAAGAAUAUGCCGGAAAUGUAUAUCCCUCCUAUUUGUCAGGUUGGUUGUACAUAACCAACCCUAAAACAGCCUUACGAUUGGUAGAACAAUCCCUUAAAUCUACCAUCUUCUGGAUAGAUGAUACUUGGCUGACGGGUAUAGUGCGUGAACCUUUAAAAAUACCCCUGCAACGUUUAAACUCUUGGUUUUCAGCCAAUCCGGAGUUUAUAAAUUGCUGUGUACGCGAUUUGAAAGCCUCCAGCUUGGAAUGUGAAUUCUAUGCGGGUCCCAAUGGAGGUGAUAAUAAGCUGCUGAUUGAAUUUUUACAUAAUGUGGAGAAGUGCUAUUAUGAUGAGUGUUCAAAGCGAGCGAAAGAACAAAAUCUAAAAAAUACUUGUGUGGGCACAUUUAAGCAUAUAUUGCCGGAACAUGGGCAGGCCAAUAUAAAACCAGUCAAAUUGGGUAGAUGAUGUUUAUGUUUUGUAAUUUAUUAAAGAUGUUUUCGAAAGCUAGGCAAAAUUUUUCCAGUAUUUAAAUUUUUUUUUUUGUAAAAUCUAAAAUUUUGCCUAGAUUUAGGACUUAUGUUUUAAAGUAAUUAAGUAUUUAAUAUUGUAUUUGUUUGUAAUCUAUUUGCUAUUCAAUAGUUUUUAUGUUUAGUUUUAAUUUUUUUAAAAAAAUAUGAUUGUACCUAACUAAUUACUAAAAUUCAAUUAAUUUGCAAUAAAACUCUAUACCCACCCAAGGGAUCUAUCAUAUGACCUCAA